CAGUCCCUUGCGCUUCCUUUUCCAGCAGCGCCUGUGAUCAUGGCGGACGUGGUGGCGGAGCAGGUAGCGGAGGAGAAACCCGUCCCUGAACGGGAGCUGAACGGGGAGGCGGAGGAAAUUGAGGAGGCCGAGCCCGUGGGGGAGGCAGCGAAAAAGAAGAAGAAAAAGAAGAAGAAGAACAAGUCUGCAACGACAGUUGCGGAGGUUGAUGGAGUCGUCGAUGUGAGCAAACAGCUGGAGAAGCAGGCGAUAGAAGACAAAGAGAAAGAGGAGGAUGGCGAGGAAGAUGGAGAGGAUGGAGAAAACUCAGCAGGGAAAAAGAAGAAGAAGAAAAAGAAGAAGAAAGGACCCAAAACUCAGACUGAUCCUCCAUCUGUUCCCAUCUGUGAGUUGUUUCCAAGCGGAGUGUUCCCCAUUGGACAGGAGUGUGAAUACCCCACCUUACAGGAUGGUCGCAGUGCAGCGUGGCGUACGACCAGUGAGGAGAAGAGGGUUAUGGACAAAGCCAACGAGGAGGUGUGGAACGACUUCAGGCAGGCGGCCGAGGCCCACAGACAGGUCCGGCAGCACGUCCGCGGCUUCAUGAAGCCUGGCAUGACCAUGAUUGAAAUCUGUGAGCGGUUGGAGGACUGUUCCCGUAAGACGAUCAAAGAGGACCGUCUGAACGCCGGCCUGGCCUUCCCCACCGGCUGCUCCCUGAACCAUUGUGCUGCCCACUACACCCCCAACGCCGGAGACACCACCGUGCUGCAGUACGACGACGUCUGCAAGAUCGACUUCGGCACACACAUCAACGGGCGGAUCAUUGACUGUGCCUUCACUGUCACAUUUAAUCCAAAGUAUGACAAGCUGCUGGAGGCAGUGAAAGAUGCUACCAAUACUGGAAUUAAAAACGCUGGUAUUGAUGUGCGUCUGUGUGAUGUUGGAGAGGCCAUUCAGGAGGUGAUGGAGUCAUAUGAGGUGGAGCUUGAUGGCAAAACAUACCAAGUUAAGCCGAUCCGAAACCUGAACGGUCACUCAAUCGGUCAGUACAGAAUACACGCUGGAAAGACUGUGCCCAUCGUUAAAGGAGGAGAAGCAACUAGGAUGGAGGAAGGAGAAGUCUAUGCCAUUGAGACAUUUGGCAGCACAGGUAAAGGAAUGGUGCACGACGACAUGGAGUGCUCUCACUACAUGAAGAACUUUGACGUCGGACACGUUCCCAUCAGGCUCCCCAGAGCAAAGCACCUUCUGAACGUCAUCAACGAGAACUUCGGCACGUUGGCGUUCUGCCGGCGCUGGCUGGACCGCCACGGAGAGAGCAAGUACCUGAUGGCCCUGAAGAAUCUGUGCGACCUGGGCAUCGUGGACCCCUACCCCCCUCUCUGCGACACCAAGGGCUGCUACACCGCUCAGUUCGAGCACACCAUCCUGCUCAGGCCCACCUGCAAGGAGGUGGUGAGCCGGGGAGACGACUACUGAUGACCCCACCCUGCAACAGCACCACACACACCCCAUGUCCCCUCCCCGUUAGCAGCUCCUCCUCCAGAGAAACAAAAGAAAACUUCUAGAUCAGGAUGUGGUCGUCUCGGAGCAGCUCUGAGGGAUGCCAAAUGUUCAAUGCACUACUCGCAGCUUGCAAGGAAGAAAGACUGGCUUUCUGAGUUUUCUAUCAUCACCCACAGCUAAAGAAAUCGUAAACAAGCCAACACGUUCUGUCUGGGGAAGUAUUCUUUCCUGCAGAUGUCAUUUUACAAAAGAACUGUCAAACCUUUAUUUAAGCUGCUGCUCAGUGCCCCCCCAGUAUUAAAGAGACGGUAUACCUCCCUUUUUAUUUUCAACAUUUUCUAUGGCUCCACUCUUAGCCUCCAGUACUUUAGUGCUCGAGUUAAAUUAAGCACAAAUGCUACUGAUGGGUUAAAGAAGUGGUUAGGCCAAUGCAUGGCCAUGAAAUCUCUGCAAACAGACAACUCCUAACAUUUAAAGCUCUGGUGGUGUUUAAUAAAUGUUCACCCUGCAUCUGCAGCUUUAUGUUUUGCUUCUGUCACACCGGGAGGGAACUCUGCACUCUGGCCCGUUUCAUCUUCGUUUCUUUGAUAUUUUUUAAAUAUCUUUGAAAUGUUUGCUGCCACAGUUUGUUCCUCAAUUAUAAAAUGCUUCAGUUUGAACUCCCUGAAAAGGUUUUUGUAUGAAAAAAAAAAUAUUAAAAUGAUUUUGCUCAGUGAG